CUUGGAAAUUCAAUUCAAUUCAAUUCAAGAAUAGCUUAUAGCUCUCCUGAGCUGCCCCUUUUACUUCAAUGGCCUCCGGGAAAUGGAGGAACACUGCUCUUCUCAUCAUAGAUAUGCAGAAUGAUUUCAUAUUACCAGGUGGCCCUAUGCACGUUGGGGGUGCCCAAGCUAUCGUCCCCAACGUUAUUAAGGCCGUUGAGGUUGCAAGAAACCGUGGCAUCCCCAUUAUUUGGGUCGUCCGUGAGCAUGAUCCAUCGGGAAGAGAUGCUGAGUUGUUUCGAAGGCAUUUGUAUUCCCCCGGGAAGCCAAAACCGACUUCUAAGGGGAGUGUGGGUGCUGAACUAGUUGAUGGGCUUGUUAUCAAGGAAGGGGAUUACAGAUUGGUGAAGACGCGUUUCAGUGCCUUCUUUAACACAAACCUGCAUUCAUAUCUUCAAAGCAAUGGGAUUACCAGCUUAGUCAUCACCGGUGUUCAAACGCCAAAUUGCAUUAGGCAGACGGUUUUUGAUGCAGUUGCAUGGAACUAUCAGCCCGUAACUGUUAUUGUUGAUGCAACGGCUGCUGCAACACCAGAAAUUCACACUUCAAACAUAUUUGACAUGAAAAAUAUUGGAGUGAUGACGCCCACACUUGAGGAAUGGUGCGAAUCCGGACACUAAGAAGUAUUGGUGCUGGAAGUGUCUCUCCUGCUACACCAGUUGUUAAUACUCUUGUGUUUUGUAAAAGAGAAAUAAAAUGUUUUGAAGUAUCUUCUGGAAAACACUACUGUUGUUAUUUGUAAUGUGCCAAAUAAACAUGUAUGGUUGUAAGAAUAUUAACCAAAAAACAGAACCUAGUUGCUAUUG